AUAUUCUCAGACUUGGACAAUCAAUUAGGUGAGGCUGGCCUCCUCACUUUACCCGUGCAUGGACUCAGUCGUCUCCAUACACCUGAUGCGUUCACACGUUCUCCCGAAUCUCGAUUCUCACGAAUGCGUAGGCCGCUCCGCGCUAUUGCAUCUUCCAAAGGCCACUUUACCGAGUUCCUCUUCAACGACUCACCUGGGAUCUGUGGCGCUCUCUGCCAUCGUCUUCUUGCCCGAUGUGCCUCACCUCUCAUAGAAAUCCGCGAGGCCGCGGUCGCCACUCUUUUUCAUCUCAUGCUCACUUGUUAUCAUCUCACCAAGAGCCUUACUAUGCUCAAAGUUCAAUUAACUAUGGCCUUCAACUGUAUGAUAAAUUCAUCCGAUAUGACGCUAGCUCACAGACUUGGUACCAAUUCUCAGUUAUCCACUCCUUUGGGACAGCGAGAGGCCUACCUGCAGCGUGAUUUCUGCCUGGCAACAGCCUUACGUACUUUGUUUGCUUACGCUUCAGUCCAUCUGACUAAUCAUAGACGCAGUUCGACUCUGGAGUCCAUCCAGUCUUUAUCAAGUGAAUCCUGCAAAUUUAAGCAGGCCAUUACUCAACCCAAUUACUUUCCUUCCACUGGGCCAAAUUGUGCAAAUGGACCAGUGGUCAGUUCAUAUUUAUCCGAUGCGAUUACAUCAGGUAACGAAUCAGGUGGAGUAGCGACGGAUACUGCUGGGCCUGAAUUACUAAAGCCUAUUCAUUUGGUUCUGGAGGCAGCUGAUGCUGAGGUUGCAACAGAUUUGGCUACACAGUGUUUUAAUUCCAGUCUUGUGACAUGA